UUUUCCCAAGCCACAGAGCACCACACACAUGCCUGCGCAAUUUCGCGCGAAUGAACCUGGCCUGCGAUGUGGCGUGGGCGAUGCCCGUGCUGGCCUUCUGAUUCCGAUUCCGAAGGCCGGGUGAGGCCGCGCUGUCGCGCUGCUCUGAGGAGCCAACGACACCUUUUUUCACCCACACGCGUCGCUUGUGACACAGCGCCAGACUACGAUGAUGACAGCGAGGAAGAGAGGCAUUUCCUCUGGAAGAUUUGGAGGAGCUCCUCGACCCGGGAAGUGCCAUCGCCCACCCGGCAGACCAUCAAGUCCUGCACCCCCAGGCGUCGCCCGGUGCUCUCGCGGGGUGCUCCCAAAGCCUGCGCAGCGGCGCUGCUCUUGAUGGGCCUCACAGCCUUUGCCGCCAUCUCCUUGGCGCAGAAGGCCCAGCCUUCGGAGUCCGAGCUGGCCAAGCGCCCUUCAGGGCUCACAGCCAAAGAGCUGCUGGGAAGCACUCAGUUGACCUCCGCAGCCACCCAAGCGCUGCUGGAGACCGUGCGGCAACAGGAGACAUGGCAAAUCUCCUUGCGCGCCAUCCCUCAGAACGAGAAAGAUUUGGUCCGGCACACGGUGGAAGACACCUUUGCGACGAUCCGAAAGGCCGUCGAGACAGCCGGCCUGGCAGAGGAGCUGGACUCCUUCGCCUUGACGGAGGGUCAGCUGGAUGCCUUUCUGAGUACCAUGCAGCACAUGGCGGACACGCGGAUUCAAGAGAUAGGCUCGUCGCUGGCAGAUGCUUUCGGGCGCUACUUCCAGCUAGAGGGCACCAGCGCAGGAAAGGAGGGCUUGAAGCUCCACUUGCUCCGCGCCUUGCAGCCGCAGAUCGCGGAGAUUCGCAGCCUUUGGCGCGAGGUGAAGAUGGGGCUACUUCAUGGACCUGGCUUGGGUUGGGGCGUGUCGGUGGAUCCCAGUCGGCUUUUCAUGGUCCGGUCCUUUGACCCGAGCCACCCGUAUUGGCCCCCGCCCAAGCUCCAAUGUGAAGCAGCCGGCUGUGUGACCGAGGGUGCUUUCGAGGAAGCCCGGAUCCUGCUGCUGCAGAUGGAGGCUUUGCUGGAAACCUUUGGCAUGCGGGUGGAGGUUCAAGAAACCUUGUGGAGCCUCCCUGCACACCGCCCGGUGCCCUUUCUGGCCGAGCUACUGGCGUGCAAGGCUGAGGAGCCACAGCCCUUCCAAAAGGUCUCCUGCAAGUGAGCUUGCCAGAAUUGCCAUGGAAAGCGCAUGAAGAAGGACCUCUGGGAGUGGAACAUCCAUUCAUUCCUGGUCUUCGGAAAGGGGGUCAUCCGGCCAUUGGUCCACUUCCACGAUGAUUCCUGAGUACAUUGAGUACGGCCGACCCUGAGGGCUCCGGGUUCAACAGCUUCGGAUUGGGGGGAUUGGGGACACCCGACUAAAGAUGAACAGGUGGACAGUUGGCUUCGCCCUUGAUUUUGGGAUCGAAAGGGCUCGGGAGUCAGUGAAACAAGUCACCAUUCCCGGUC